GUUUGUGUUAGUCUUGUGCUCCCCUCAGAGCAUCAUAACUUCAUCAUCAGAAUCUUCUCUCUCUCCCUCUCUCUCUCUCUCUCUCUCUCUCUCCUUCUCUAAUUCUCUCUGUCAAUCUUUCUCCGGCCAGCAUAGCCGCCCGCUCUGGCAUAGCUGAUCGGUUGAUAUCUCGUUUGACGACAAAGACGGAGAAAUUAGAAAGUGAAUAAUAAAAGAGAUGGGAAGGGCUCCAUGUUGUUCCAAGGUUGGGUUGCAUAGAGGUCCAUGGACUGCUAGAGAGGAUGCAUUGCUCACCAAGUAUAUUCAGCUUCAUGGUGAAGGCAAUUGGAGAUCUUUGCCUAAAAAAGCUGGUCUACUAAGAUGCGGAAAGAGUUGCAGGCUAAGAUGGAUGAACUAUCUAAGACCUGAUAUCAAGAGAGGGAACAUCUCCCCUGAUGAGGAUGACCUAAUUAUCAAAAUGCAUGCUCUUCUUGGCAACCGAUGGUCUCUUAUCGCGGGAAGACUACCGGGUCGAACUGAUAACGAGAUUAAGAACUAUUGGAACACCCAUCUCAGCAAAAGGCUCUUAAGCCAAGGAACCGACCCGAAUACCCACAAAAAAAUAUCGGAUCCUCACCUAAAAGAAACAAAGAAGAGAAGGAGCAACAACAAAAAGCAAAAAAACAAGACCAAAUCCAAUGUUGUAGUGAUUGAAAAGCUCAAAGUUCAUAACCCAAAGCCCACUAGGAUCAAGUCCUUGAGUUCCUUCUCAAUGUCAAGGAAUGGUAGUUUUGGUUGGACAAUUAGUGGCGGUUCUUCCUCAAGUCAUGAGGGAGACCACAGAGGAUCAUUACUUGUUGGUACAGAAGUCGUGCAUGUUCCAUGGUCUGAUUUCAAAGAUGAUGUGAAUCAUGAAAAUAGGGUUGGCUUUCUUGUUGGUGAUGAUCAUCAAGAUCGCGAUCUAGUCAACGGUUCGGACCUCGAAUGCCAUUCUCAAUUGUUGCCAAUGUCUGAUCACACUCUAGAGAAGCUCUAUGAGGAGUACCUACAACUUCUCAAGGCAGAAGAUGAUGUCCAAGUUCAGUUGGAUUCCUUUGCUGAAUCUUUGCUGAUAUGAACCAAAAAAACAAACUAAUAAUAGUUUUUAAGGUUUGGAAGAGGAAAUGUAUGAACCUUAGCUUUCACAAGCUUACCUUCCUCGUCAACUUUGUUUGGAACCAUAGUUAAUAUGUGAUGAUAAUAAUGUAUUAAUGUUGUAACAAUAGUGGCUUAAUAGUAAAUUGUAAUACGUGGAAUACACGGUUAUUUGUAUAGAAAAAUGCUAUCUACUUAGAAUUUUUUUUGUCUUAAAA